AUGAAUCACGGGUCGUCACGUGUCCAUGGGACCCGUGAACAGUUGACUUCCCUAUCAGCCACUUCUCUAAGCUGCAAAGCUCCCUCUGCACGAUCUAUCGGAACAUCUCAGGCAAAACCAGAAACAGUUCAGAAAGUGAGUGACAUUGUAAGGGAACAGUUGGCUUUGUCAGCCGACACUGCACUCACUGCAGAGUCCAAGUUCUCUGCUCUUGGCGCUGAUUCUCUCGACCCCGUGGAGAUAGUGAUGGCUUUGGAGGAAAAAUUUGAUAUAAGUGUGGAGGAAUCUGAUGCUCAGAACAUUACGACGAUUCAAGAGACAGCUGAUUUGAUUGAGGAUCUUGUUCAGAAGAAACCUGCGGCCCAAGCUUCCUAA